AUGGGUGGUGGAGCUUCUUCAAACCUCACAUACUUCUUCUUCCUCAUCACUAUCGUCCUAUUUGUUAUACAGGCAGAGAGCAGAGAAACGCCACCGCCAAGUCCCAAUCUCGAAGAUGGCGGCGGCAUUGCUCCACCACCCCCGGAAAAACCAUCGUCGACGUUCAAACCAGGCAUAGCCGUCGUGGUGUGCGUUUUGACCACCAUGUUUUCCCUCACAUUUCUUCUCCUCCUCUACAUCAAACACUGCAACGGCGGGAACAUCGACACUGGAAGCAACAUCACCGGCGGCAACUCGACUUCGCGACCGGUCCCGCCGUUAACCGGAAGGAAGAACUCCGGCAUUGACCGCUCCAUAGUGGAGUCCUUACCGGUUUUCCGAUUUGGAUCGCUGCGAGGUCAAAAGGACGAGCUCGAUUGCGCGGUUUGCCUCACAAAGUUCGAAGCAGCAGAGGUUCUCCGGCUGUUGCCGAAGUGCAAGCAUGCAUUCCACGUGGAAUGCGUGGACACGUGGCUGGACGCGCAUUCCACUUGUCCUCUCUGCCGUUACCGCGUGGAUCCGGAGGACAUUCUCCUAGUAGAGGACGCUAGGGUUUUCCGACGGAACAACGAACAGGAACGUUCGUGUUUAGACAUCGAAAAAGGGAAGGAAAUUGCAGAGUCUCGGCGGAGGCAUUCGUCAGUAGGUGAAAGGGAAACGGCAGAGGAACAUAGUCGGAGUUGGACGGCGUCGUUUAGGAGGUCGUUGGACAGUGCGACGUCGAGAAAGAAGAACGAGAACGCGGUUACGGUUGCGGUUGGGGUUGGUUGCUUUGUGCGUCCGAGAAAAGACGGGAUGUUGUUGACGGAGGAGAGAGAGAGAGAUAGGAGAAGUAUGGAACGGAGGUUAGAGCACCGGAUCAUUGUGUCUCCGGGUCCAGUCCCAAAGAGUGGGGUGGAUGAACGGUGGAGCGACGUGCAGGCAUCUGACCUGUUGUAUCUAACGUCGGAGAUGAUAAUGAGUGAGAAUGGCCGUACUAAAAAUGAUGAUGAGCUGAGUCAGGAGGACAGUUGGAAUGGCAGGGGGAUAAUAAAUUCGAGAAGCGUGUCUGAAAUCACGAGAUUGAGCAGGUUCAAUAGAGAGUGCCAACCACACCAACAACAACUUCAACGGCACGGGGAUAGAGAGAGAGAGAGAGAAGAGAGGUUAGUGAAGAGGUGGUUGGCUUGGAUUUCUAAGUCACGCACACUACCAGCGGUACGGUAG